AUGUCAGAUGUAUCCUGUGCCAUAGACCCUGCUGAGUCGUUUUUCCCGGGACAACGCCUGACUGCACCCAAAGAAUUACUUGAGGGACAAGUGCUUCACAAAAGAUCAUGUGGCAACAAGCUUCUGUUUCUUGAGCUUGCCGCUGCAGAAGAGCCCAACAGUUUGUCACCGCAAGAAACUGGGGCAAAAAGCCUGGAAGCCAUCUUCUCAUAUGAGGUCUAUGGAGCUGAAGUGCGGGAGGUCCGCAAGCAUAUAUCUGUUGGGGACACCAUUUCUUGCACGGGGACCUGGCGAGCAUGCAGGAGGAGUUUAGAUGUCUUCUCUUACUCUAUACUCUGUCAUUGGGCAGAUGUUAGUGGCGGUGCAGCGUUUCAAGCGCAUGAACCACAAAACAAGUCGGUCAGGACAAGUCAGGGUCAUGCAGAUGUGGCGCAGCCUUCAGGGACAGGUACUGGUCUCACAGCCAGCACGGACCCGCCGCCAGCCGCCGGACCAACAUCGCGGCGAAGAGCACUGUGCAAGUUCUGGAUGAGCAAUGGCACUUGUAGAAGAACGCAAUGCGCAUGUUACCAUCCAGAGGGAGAGGAGUUGAAGGAAGCCCGGGCUCGCUGGCGCCAAGAGCAAUUUGAGCGUUUGGCAUCGAAUGCACAGCCAGAUGAUCCUCAUUCGGAGCAACAAAAGAAGGGCCACGCAGCUCGUGCAGCCGUUUUCGCAGAGUGGCUGUGCGAAGUCUUUGGGGACGACAUGCUUCGAAAGGGGGUGGUAGAUGUUGCAGGCGGUCGAGGAGAACUGGCUUUUGAGUUGAGCGUGAAGCGGAACAUUCCUUGUAUCGUGCUUGAUCCGCGCUGCCCGGGCGGGGACCGUCCGGCACCAUGGAAUGACUGGCACGUAUCCAGGCAACAGCGCGCAUGGCUCAAGCGUCAACAUGGUCUUCGCAGUUAUGCAGAAUGCCAAGCGCACGUACUGUCCUGCCCUCUGAAGCAGUGCCAAGUGCCGGUCAGCAAGGCAAUCGAAGCUGCACAAGCCUUAACAGCAGGGCCUGCUGAGACAGCAUGCGGUUGGGACGGCCUUCUUGGUGCUCAAAUUGUUGUAGGCUUGCAUCCAGAUCAAGCUACCGGAGGUGUCGUUGAGCUUGCACAGGUGCUUGGGAGGCCUUUCGCUGUUGUGCCAUGUUGUACAUUUGCCGACGAUUUUCCUGAGCGCCGCUUGACGCAAGGACCAGUCCGAACCUAUGCAGACUUAGUGGAAUGGUUGCAAGUUGCAGGUGGCCCGGGUACGAAGAAGGACUUCCUGCGCUUCUUUGGAAAGAACUUGGUGCUAUUCUCCGAAACAGGCCUUACGCAAAUCAGCUGCAGCGACCACAAACCGCCCUCAGCUGUCUACGCAUGA